AAGUCCCCCCCGCUUCGGCGGCAUCAUCUGACCAUGAACAAACAUAGAUUCCAAAUACUCAAUAUCCAGCCCAGUUUGUUAAAUACAUAUUGUACUCGCGCGAUCCAUUUCUCAAAAGUAUCACGCUCAUCCAAAGACAUCUAGGAUGGCCACCAAAACCCCUCAUAUUCCCCACAUCCACCUCCUCUGCAUGGAAGAACAAUUCAGCGAUGCCUUCCACGUCGCCCGCAACAGCCGCAAACUCCCCGACUCCGUCUCAAUCGAGAUUCACAACUGCGCUUUAUCCCAACUAUCAAGUAAAGUCAAAUUUGACACCAUUGUCUCACCCGCCAACUCCUAUGGCCGUCUUGACGGUGCCUUUGACGACGCUAUUUCUCGACAGUUCUCCCCGCGCGAUGAUUACCAUGCCCUCACUGGCGUUGCCCAAGCUCAGCUUUACAAGACGUGGCGUGGUUUCGCACCGCCGGGCACCUGUACUUUGGUAGAAAUCCCAAAGGAGUUCGAGGCAAGAUCGCGGAAUGUUUAUGGAACACGUCGUGUUGCGCUUUGUCCGACGAUGCGGAUGCCUGCUGACGUGAGAUGGGAUAAAGAGGUUAUUUAUGAGUGUAUUUGGAGUCUGCUUUGUGCUAUUGACAAUCACAAUCGCGAUGCUUCUGAAUAUGAUCGGAUUGAGAGUGUUCUUAUGACUCCAUUGGCAACAGGUGUAGGAAGGGUUAGUCCAGAGAAGUGGGCUUUACAGACUAUUCUGGCGAUGAAGCAUUUUGUCGAGGCUUCUGAGAAUCCAGAAAAAUGGAGUUCUUUGGAGUGGGCUGAUCUUGGUAGAACCUGUGCUGAGACACAGCUCACCUGGACAAAAUAGAGUGGCUUUCGUUCAAGGUACGGAAUGUAUCACGUCAAUACCGCUUAUGCAUAAAGCUUUUAGUUGAACCUGAUUAUGUUUACAAAAUACUUGUCAUUAUCGGACUGAUGCCUACUACAUAAUGAAGAGACCAGAGCUUCAGCUCUCUCAACACAGA